AUGCCACCAUUCACCGUCGAGGGAGCUUCGUCACCAUCCACUGUCGAGGAGCGUCCUGAGUUGAAGUUAUCCUCUCACGGGAGGAAGGUGCAUAAUUUAGGCAGGCCUGUCCCUUCCAUUGAGGGGCUAGUUGUUGGGACAGGACUAAGUCCUCUGAUCGCAUGUUCAAUACACACUGGUGAUCGGGGACUUUUAUCGUCGUUUGUCGAAUGGUGGCACCGGGAGACUUCUAGUUUCCAUCUUCCUGUGGGAGAGGUGGCGAUCACACUGGACGACGUUGCGUCUCUUUUGCAUCUGCCCGUGGUUGGUGACUUGCAUGCCUUUCAGCCCUUGCACGUGGAUGAUGUGGUACAGAUGUUGGUGGAGUUAUUAAUGGUCUCUGCAGAGGCUGCCAGGGCUAAGACAGGGCAGUGUCGUGGACCGUAUGUACACCUGCAAUGGGUACGUGAUAUCUAUGAGCGUCGAUGCCAGAGUGCAACCCAUGUUCAUGUUGUGUUUCUGGAGGCCCUUCAUGACCUCAGUCAGACUGGGAGGUAUGCCUGGGGAGUAGCUACGCUGGUGCAUAUGUACGACCACCUAAAUGAUGCUUCUAUCAGCACCAGCCGACAGCUUGGUGUGAUGGAUAUCGAGCACUUUCCCUCAAUCGCAAAGUCCACUGCUGAUCCAGACUACGACGAGGAUUCACCGUGUGCUUAUAGGUGGAUUGCUACGAAGAAGACCGUGAAGAGCAUGCGUACACCGACGUACAGGGAGUGCCUGGACUGA